AUAAUAUUAUUAUUAUCAUUAUUUAUUUAUUCCGUGACCGAAGUUCGUGCGGACUGUCGAACCGUCACUGAAUCGACGUUCGUGUCAUGGAACAAUUCACCAAACGCCGCCAAUCKUUAUCGGAUAUCGGAAUACGACUUUUUUCUGAAGCUUUCGAGUUGUCGCUAAGUCGCGCAGUGCUUGCGAAAAAAAUCAGCACCCGCUGACCCCACUAUGUUCACGAUUUAUGGCCGCCUUAUUUUGGCUUCCGAACGCACUUCUUUGAACACCGUUUCAUAUCUUUCUCACUGAUUGUCAACCGUCAACGGGCGCCGACCUACAAAGAGGAUGUCGAAAAAUCACGACGAAAUACUUCUGAGCGAAGAAUACGGACCGGAAGAGUGCAAUGUCAUAUACAAAAGACACGACCAACGACAAUUGAUAUUGGAAUCUGAAAGACGGAAACAGUCUACUGGCUUCAUUCGUAAUUCGGUUAAUAUACUAAAAGAAGUAUUUUUGCCCAGAGGAUUUCCAAAUAGUGUGAGCAAAGACUAUACGGAAUAUCAAAUGUGGGAUACCAUACAGGCGUUUUGUAGUACAAUUUCAAACAUAUUAGCCACAAAUGCUAUUCUGAAAGGUGUCGGUGUAGGCGAUGCUCAAGCUACAGCUCUUGCUGCAUCCAUUACUUAUAUACUCAAAGAUGGAGCUGGCAUGGUCGGGCGCAUUAGUUUUGCGUGGUGGAAAGGAUCUGAAUUAGAUACACAAUGUAAAAAAUGGAGACUUCGAGCCGAUGCACUUAACGAUUUUGCAAUUUUCAUUGAAUUACUUUUAAGUAUACCAUGGAUUAGACAAUUUUCAUUAAUAAUCCUAUCAUUUUCAAGCUGUGCUAAGUCCAUUGUAGGUGUUGCUGGAGGAGCCACACGUGCAGCAUUAACUCAGCACCAGGCUAUUCGUGAAAAUAUGGGAGAUGUUUCAGCAAAAGACGGUAGUCAAGAAACUUGUAUUAAUCUAAUUGCAUUUCUCAUCGGAUUAAUUAUGUUACCUAUUGUUGAAAACCGUAUUUUAUUGAUAUGGAUAAUAUACUUAGUAGUAACUUCUUUGCAUUUGUUUGCCAAUUACAAAGCAGUCAAAAGUUUAAACAUCAAUGUUUUCAACAGUGCCCGUUAUGAUUUGACUCUUAAAUAUUAUUUGUCUAAUGAUUCGCAAAACCAUGAUGUACAAAAACCUGAUUAUAUCAAUAAACGAGAAGCUUGUUUUUUAGAAGAUGAAAAGCUGUCUUCUUUUAAAAUACAAUUGGGAACAUCUGUCCAUGAUUUGUUGUAUACAAACACAUUAACGACGUGGGAUAUAAUAGAUCACAUUGAAUUGUAUAAAGAUUAUCUUUAUAUAUUAAUUGUGGAUACGCAUAAAGACAUCAUACGCGUAGUCUUAGAUAAAAAUAUUAAUACUGAAAAUAUUUUAAAAGCAUAUUUUCAUGCUAACAUAUUAGGUCAUUUAAUUUGUCCCAAGAAUAAAUUUUCAAUGAUAAAACUCAAUUCUCUUCGUUCUAUGAAAUAUACAUUGAACAACACUCAAUUUUGUUGCACACAUUCAGAGUAUGUUAAACUGUCAUGCGAAUUUGUUAAUAAAAACUUUGAUAAGUUUCUCCUACAUGCUAAAAUGUCAGAUUGGAGCUGUACAAGUCAUCACCUAGUAGUUGAUGAAUGGAGGGCUUCUUGGUGAUAGGAUUUAAUGGAUUAAUUAUAGACAUUCGGAUAAAAAUAUUAAUCAGUGUUAAUAUUGUAAAUGAAAAUAUUUUUUCACAAAAACAUAAAAAUUC